GCGUAAGUCUUAGUGUGGCAAGUCAAAGGGUGCUCCGGAGAGAUUUGGUGACCGGAAAGUAAUACCGUUAGCGAGUGCUCGACCGGAAAGCUCAUAGUAGCACAGAUAAUAAGAGGACUACUACCAUCAUUUUUGUUUUGGAAAAACGAAAAGCAGAGCCUCCCUGCUUCACCCCAUCCAAGCUCCAGGACCAGCAAUGGCGCAUCAGAUCGAGCAUGCCCACCUCCCCAUCCGUGGGCUCAAUCUCCACAUAGCUCAAGUAGGAAAAGGUGAGAAUUUUCCAACAGAAACAUCAAACAUUGCACAUCGUACCUCGUACGUGAUCGGCACAGAUACCAAGUGUGUGGAUUCUGAUCAUUGUUGGCGAUGCCUUGCAGGGGAGCUGGGAACGGUGGUGUUCCUGCACGGCUUCCCGGAGAUCUGGUACUCGUGGCGCCACCAGAUGCUGGCCGCGGCGGCCACGGGCUACCGCGCCGUCGCGCCGGACUGGCGAGGGUACGGGCUCUCGGACCGGCCGCCGGAGCACGAGGACGAGGACGAGCAGGCCUCCUCCUGCUGGGACGACCUCGUGGCCGACGUGCUCGCCGUCCUCGACGCGCUCUCCGUCCCCAGCGCGUUCGUGGUGGCCAAGGACUUCGGCGCCGUCCCCGCCUACUACUUCGCGCUCCAGCACCCCGGCCGCACCCGCGGCGUCGCGUGCCUGGGCAUCUCCUUCAGUCACGGCCCCUGGUCCUUCGACGCCAUGCCCGAAGGCUUCUACAUCCUUCGCUGGCAGGAGCCGGGUCGGGCGGAGGCCGACUUCGGCCGGCACGACGUCCGGCGAGUGGUGCGCACCAUCUACGUCCUCUUCGCCGGCGCCGAUGUCCCGGUGGCCAAGGAAGGCCAGGAGAUAAUGGACCUCGCCGACGAGUCCGCGCCGCUACCGGAGUGGUUCACCGAGGAGGACCUCGACGUCUACGCCUCGCUCUACCACAAGUCCGGCUUCCGGUACCCUCUCAAGAUGUACAGGUCUCUGCACAAGAUGCCGUGCCUGCCAGACGCCAAGUUCCAGGUCCCCGUGUUGACGGUGACGGGCGGGAAGGACUACUCCUCCAAGCUCGCCGGCUUCGAGGAUGAUGCGGAGAGCUGCACGGUGGACCGCUUCGUGCCGGGCGUGAAGACGGCCUUCAUCCCGGAAGGGAGCCACUUCGUGCAGGAGCAGCUGCCUGAGCAGGUGAACGAGCUCCUCCUCGGCUUCUUCGAGGAACACCCGGUCGCCGCCGCCACGUAGGCAAACAAUGACCAUGAAGGAGAGCAAGAAGAGCUAUUGCUUCUGUUACUGUUGCUUUGUUUGAUCCUUGUAAUCUGAAGUUCUGAACUUUUCUUUCUCAGUUCUCAGUAAUAAA